AGGUCCAUUUGUCUAACAUAGACCAGACUCAACAAGGUCUUCUCUCUUUUGAAGGAGUAACUGGAUUAAUUUAUUGACUAUGUCUCCUGUUCUUUUUUAGGUAUUAGAUGGGCCCAUUCCUGACUUUACUGUCAAAGCUUAUCUAUUGCAUGGACAUCUCGCUGCUCAUGGGGUGCGGUUAAUGCAUUACAGAAAUGGCACUUUAAUAGGAAGCCUUGGGGAAGACAAGAAAUAUGAUUUCAACUUUCAGCAAGUCCGACAUCUUCCAAAAGAUAUUACAAUAAAAAUGGGGGACCAGAUAGUGGUUGAAUGUACAUCCAGCACAAUGGACAGAGAAGGUGUCACUUAUGGAGGUCCCGGUACUAAAAAUGAAAUGUGUGCUGGAUUCAUGUUCUACUAUCCUGUUGUCCCAAUUGCUACCUGCUGGAGUUACAUGGAUAUUCACUACAUCACCGAUGCCUUGGGAUUGGAAAGGGCAGACAGUAUAAUGGACGCCAUAUUGAACAUUGAUACUGUAGAAUGGGAUGAUGAAACUAGAGCGAUUGCCCAGAAGGCCGUCAUUGAGGCGCCUCACCUCGCAAUGGUUGAGAACCGACAGGGGAAGAAGGUGAAUAAAACGACUUCAUUACCCCCCAUCUCUCUGCCUCCCCCAUACAACUGUGAGGACGAUUCUUUGGAGUAAAAUAGAUGGACAUUCCAGUAGGAUUCCAACUAUCUCCUGUUUUCAUAGAGAUCUUACAGAGACUUUCAAUUUUUGUAAACAUUUCGGCUUUUUAUGAGAAGAAUUGAGAUACAAGAGAAAACAUGGAUACAUUAACUACAGUAAUGUUCUUCUAGAUGGACUUUUAGAUGUUUCUAGACAUCUCGAACAGCAAUCGUGCAAAAUGACAACUAACGGCUUACAUGACAUGUUGGGAGUUGUAGUUUACCAAUGGAGAACUAAAAAUGUAGUUACCAUGGGAGAAUACUGUCUAUUGAUGUACACACGCUUCUACUGACCAAAAUGAAAACCAAAGCCAUGAGGUUCUCAAUGCUCUAUCUUAGUGUUUCUCAACCAAGGUGCCUCCAGCUGAUGCAAACCUACAACUCCCAGCAUGCCCAGACUGACCAGGAACUUGACAAGGCACUUGAAAACACAAAGAGACUGCUGAAAACAACCGCACAAAGCAUACACUAUAAUCCGCACCAUACUGCAAAAGUCAACAAUCUAUAAAGCAGCAUUUGCUAACCAGUGUAUCUCCAGCUGAUGCAAAACUACAACUUCCAGCAUGCCCAGACUGACUAGAAAUUUAACACAACACUGGGAGACACACAGAAAAUUCUGAAAACAAAAAAUUCUGAAAACAAUUCUGCAUGCUGGGAGUUGUAUGUGCAUCAGCUGGAGGCACCCUGGAUGAGAAACACUAAGAUAGAGCACAAAAUCCUACUUCAACGUAUUAAGCAAAAUACACGUGUGACUUAUUGGAAUUUCUCUUAAUCUGAUUUAUGGCUCCUGUGCAAUCCUAUCUGACAUGGUGCAUUAAAUUUCUA